GCCAGAAGAUACCGUUGAUGUUCGUUUGCUGGAUGGCGACCCAGUCUUCGGUUGGUAUGGAGGAGAAUUUCGCCUUGGUUCCCAUCGUCUGGACAAAAACAUCAGGGCCCCGGGUUUUUAGAUAAGAAGAGAGGAGAGGAGGGAACCCACCCCGCCGAUGUUCGCACAAUAAUCGACUCAUCCAAAAUGAUCUACAGCGGUCUUCAUAAGGUUCUUGAUGGACUCUUCGAUGCUUAUAUCGGUAGGGACGACGAGGAUGUCGAGAUCCGUGUUCUCGGCUAUGGCUUUGCAUUCAAGCGCAGUGGCGUGCAGAGGAGCGGGUGUGCACCCUGCGAGGACGAGGCCAUAUAUGCCGGAUUCGGCAAAGGAGAGUGCGGCGGCUUUGCUGAUGCCUUGGCCGGCGCCGGUGACGAGUGCGAUGCCAGAUGGGUAGAGUUUCAUGAGUGAUAUGAGGGGAUAGAAGGGAUGUGGUGAGUGGGAUUAUAUGGAUUAUGGCGAGGGCGGGGUAAGACAGCGCCUCGUAUCUCAGGGCGGUAAACUAGCCACAUUCUUUCGUGCGAUCAUCGAUGGGAAGUUGUCCCAGCCACCGCCAGUGGAACUUGUCGACCACUGCCGACUUUUUAGUCAGCAAAAUAAAGAGGAUGGGGAAAAGGCGAAUGCUGAGGAGAUGACCCCACCGGAGAGUGGAGAGUUGCAUGCCAAACCUGCAGAAUCGCCUUUAGGCCAGGUUCCAGUAACGGCAAGUCCUGGGAAAGCAGUCCAAGUCGAUGCACUCCCCAAGGGGAACAAAGGAACAGCAUCUGUGUUUGGGACUGCUCUCUGCAAGAACCUCGAGACAUCCCUCAAAGAUUAUGCCAUUACAGCCGAGGCUCUCAUCAAAGGCCUGAAGAUGGCGGUGGACCUUGGACAAUGGAGGAAUCACAAUGGGAUACAGGCCCAGCUUGACUUUGCAGAGAAUAAGUGGGAAUUCAUCCAAGGAAUGAUGGAGGUGCUGUUAGCACAGGCCCGUUCGAAGACAAUGACGGAGGUCAUUUUGAAUGCCUUUUCAAGUUCACAAACCAUGCACAUGCCUACUCUAGCAAGUUUAGAUGACGAGGAUGCGAGUCUGCUCCUCUCAGGUAUGAACAUUUCCUUUUGCGCAUUGGACGAUAAACCUUUUCUCCCAUCCAGAUGGAAUUGUGCCAUCAUACUACUCGUGAUCUGA